AGCAGUCGCCUCCAACCGGAACAGAGGGAACAGGGCAGCGGACUGACCUGCUGACCAGCCGCCAACCGAGCAGCCCCGCUACAUCGGGCAGUCUCAGCCGGGGCGAUAACAACGCACUGUGUCAACUUUCGCUGCGAAAUAGUUUGCUGCCGGUUCACGGUGCGGGACAGGAACACUGCAUUUCUGUAAAAUACAUCAUGCAGCCCAGACUGUUGCUGUUGAUAUCCUGCACGGGGAUUCUUUUCCUCACAGUCAAACUGGAAGCCAGUCACGAGAAGACCAUCGUGGCCUUGAACUCCCGUCUCCUUAGAUCUACGGGUACGUUGCCAGCCAAUCCCAGUAUCCACAUUGCCUUGCGAUUGUCGGAGCACCAUGGCCUCGGCUUUGAACGGAAAUACCUUCACCGGCUGAAGUCUGACCUCCACAGGAAGCUUUUCAGAUCACGGCUGGAUUCUAAGCUCUCCACUGGCCUCGUAGCUCUGUACCUGUUGGCGUUGCGUGCGUCCUGCCAGAAUAUGCGAGCACAACAGCCAGCACUGCUCUACCUGAAGAACAAACUUGAUGCUGAAGGAAACUACACCAAAUAUCACCACAUGCCUCUGAGCAGCCACUACCAAUACAGUUUGGGAGUGUUGGCCCUCUGUGUGAACAACAUACGGAUACAUCAUAUGGUCUUCUCUGGGUUGGUGCCACAUCACCGCCACCUCCAUCACUCAGUCGACACAUCAGCCUUGGUGGUGUUGGCACUGAAGUGUGUACUGGAGUCGAAAGCGCCCAAUAGUAAUCGCUGGAUGUACAGUCAGCACAGAAGGCAGAAGGCACAGAAUGAAGUGAACGAGCUAAUGGAAAUGAUACGGAGAAAGCAAGAAAGCACUGGGGUGAUUGGGAACACCUACAGCACACCACUCGCUCUGCAGGCUCUCUUAGCCACUGGAGACAAGGAACAAUGGUUGAAAGGAAGAAGUUAUCUACUGCAACAAGCCAAACAAGGAGCCUUUCAGAAUCCAAUGGCCCUGUCUCAGCUGCUACCUGUUCUCUACCAGAAAACCUACCUAGAUGUUGGCCAAAUGGACUGCCACAACGAGACUGGAGACCUGAGGAGCAAUGAUCUGGAAGCGCUCGGCACUGCCGAUGAACCUGAACCGAGCCCACCGCCAGGAGUGGUCUAUCUCAGUGUGAAAGAUAAGAGCCUGCAGACGAUUUACAGGGCCACGGUGCCGCUGCACAGCGGGAUGUCCCUCCUUGAAGUCCUGCGUGAAGCUAAACGAAAUGACACCAAUUUCAAUUUUGAGACCGUGCCAACCCUGUGGGGACCUUUCCUGACCUCAGUGAACCACAUAGCAGGACAGGAUAGCACAAGGACCUACUGGACUCUGCUUUCGGAAACACACACACCACUGAUUCAAGGAAUCCAGGAUUAUCACCCCCAUCAAGGCGAACACAUCCUCCUGCAGCCCAGCAGCUUCUAGCCAGCUCAGCCAUCCGCAGCUCCCGUCUUCCAAUCGGUUGAUCAUUAAUGAGUUAAUUCAGAGCCCUGAAAAGCAGGCUAAUCAUUAAGGGGCACAUGCAGAACGCUGGAGGCAUUCAGCAGGUCAGGGAGCGUCUGUGGCAAGAAACAAACAAUAAGGAAUUAAUAAGGGAUUUUUAAAGCCUAAAACCGUCAUUCCUGGGCUGUCACAGCCUAACCGAAGGGCAAAUGGACGAAGAGGCAGAUACUCGCCUUAUCAUUGCCAGUAAAAUCCCAGACACUGAGUACACUUCUCUUCUGUUGCCCACUUCCUUUCCUUUGGCCAUUACUGAGCCCGUUAAUGCAUCUGGAGCGGUCUGUGAUUCACCAGCCCACAGUCUGUCCAAUGGCCACUCAAACCAAUCUUACCACGCUUGAUUAUUCCCGCUGCUGUCUGGGAAUUUACCGGGAUGUGGUUCCCUUCAUCCUUUGCACCAAGCCGAGACAGGAGGUCUCCUUGCCAAUCGGUGUGAUGUACAGGAGUACCUGGUUACCGAUCCAGCAUAUGCCCUUUGGCCUUUAGCUCUGUGCCAUCUCUAAUACUCCCACUGCCUCUGCUGUCUGCAGCCCAGGGUGCAGGAUGGAACUCGAGGCUGUAUUUCCACACAGCGUUAAGGGAGCUAAUUGGCCAGUAAGUCCAUUCCGGCUCUCUGCACUCCCAUGAAAUUUCCCUAUAACUUACUUCCAUUAACUCUCCCACAACUCUACCCUUCACCUGUUCCCAGGGAGAAUUUGCAAAUUGCACACAAACAGCAGCAGAGGUGGGGAUUGAACCUGGGUUGCUGGAGCCCAGGGGCAGCAGCUCCGCCUACUGUGUCCUUGCUCUGGCCUGCAGACAGAACAACCAAGUUUAUAACCACUUCCUCACUUCCACACAGCAUCCAUAUUUACAUAUUGAUUCUCCUUCAGUGAUUUUUCUUCAAUAACCUGCUUUUGGUUAAUAUUAGCAAAUGUAUAAAUAAAAAGAACUGUUGAGCCAUGAGCAUUAUGUUGAAUAGCAUACUGGCAAAGAAGGUAGGGAAAUUGAUUUAACUGAGGGCUUGAUGCUUUAACUGUUAUUGAUAAAUAUUGUCAUCACGUUUUUGUAAUAUUAAAUACUAAAGUGUUA